AUGGCCGCCAAACUCGCAAAGGACAUGACCCUCAAGGGCUCAUCCACUGCUAUGCCAAAACUCAUCUAUGGUACAGCAUGGAAGAAGGAAAUGUCAGCAGAUCUUGUUUAUACUGCUCUAAAGUAUGGUUUCCGCGGUGUCGACACGGCAGGCCAGCCCAAGCAUUACGACGAAAAAGGUGUUGGGCAGGGUUUCCAAAGAGCUAUCAGAGACGGCAUCAUCAAACGUGAGGGAGUAUUUCUCCAAACUAAGUUCUCACCCCCAGCCAACAAAGCUGAAAACGCACCUUAUGAUUUUGAUGCCCCAGUUGUGGAUCAAGUUCAUCAGUCUAUGCAGUUCUCACUCAAGUACUUCACCAUCGAGGGCGAGGAGCCCUAUUUUGACAGUGUACUUCUACAUACACCUCUGGGAACUAUGGAUGAAACUAUCACGGCAUGGAAGACUCUGGAAACCUACGUGCCUCGCCAGAUUCGUAACCUGGGCAUUUCCAACACCACGCUUCCUAUUCUCAAAGCGCUCAACGAUGCAGUUACUGUGAAACCCAGCAUUGUUCAGAACCGCUUCUAUUCGGAAACGCACUUCGAGGUAGAACUCAGAGCUUAUUGUCGACGGCAAAACAUUGCAUUUCAGUCUUUCUGGACACUCACAGGUAAUCCGGAGCUUGCUGUCAGUAACCCUGUCAGGGUGAUCGCACAGAAUGCCGGUGUUGCACCCGUGGCGGCAUAUUAUGCCCUUGUCUUGGGUCUUGAAGGGAUUUCGAUUCUGGACGGAACGUCAACGGAAAGUCACAUGAGGGAUGAUCUUGAGGGGAUUGAGAAGGUUGCAUCUUGGGCAGAGGGAAGUGGCGCAGAUGAGUGGACUUCUGCUCUCACUGAGUUUAAGCAAAGUAUCAGGAAUGCUUGA